AUGACCACAAUUGUUGAAAAGACGAGUGAUGGCACAAUUUAUAGAGCAGCGAAGACCUAUCCAGUACCUGACUUAGACAUCCUCACCCUAUUGUUUGAUUCUGAACACUCGUCAGCCAAAGAAGAUACAACGAUACAUUGCUCAGCCGCAGAUCCAAGCCUAGAACUCAAAGUUUCUCGAGCCCGGAAUCUCACAGAAGCAACAUCGGCUGCCCUACGAAAACACUUCAAGAUUGGCGCUGAUGGCGCUGGCAAAGAUGUGGUCUCGGUGAUUUCCACUGGCCACUACCUGUUGCCUGUCUUGACAUAUGGCAUAAUCGGCGCUGGCGGUAUCUUCUCUGCCGCAUCUGCCGCAAGUACAGGUAGCGAGUUGAGCAAGCAGAUUCAAGGUGCUGAGUCAAAGGUACUGUUCGCCGUAGAAGCCACAAAAGCUGUUGCUGUAGCGGCAGCAGAAGAAGCUGGAUGGGGCAAGAAUGGAGGAGGAAGAGUGCUUGUAAUGAGUGAGGGCAGAGACUGGAGUAUCAACAUCGUACAGGAAGACGGAAGCCUCGGACCCAACCUUAUAGACGAGACCCAGCGAUUGUCAUGGGAGCGCAUUACGGACCCGAAAGCCUUGGCUGAUAGUCUUGUAAUUCUCAUCUACAGCAGUGGCACCACAGGUCUGCCAAAGGGAGUGAAGCUCUCCCAUAGGAACCUGGUCGCAGAAGCCGUCAUUCCUGGAGAUAUGUUCAAAGCUUGGGCAGCCACCGAGAGACCGGACUUCGAAUACCGCACCUUAGCCCAUUUGCCCACCGCACACAUUGCCGGUAUCCAAGGCUACCUGAUCAACCCCUUCUACAUGGGCGGACCCGUAUACUGGAUGCCACGAUUCUCGUUCCCGGAGUUCCUCGAGUACAACAAGAGAUACCGCAUAACGUUCUUCUUCACUGUUCCGCCAAUCUAUCUCCUCAUCGCCAAAUCCCCCGAAGUUACCGACCAGUUCAAGACCCUCGAAGUUGCCAUAUCCGGCGCCGCACCCCUCGGGAAAGAGCUUCAACACGCCGCCUCUGUGAAGCUGGGCGGCCCGAACUGCUUCAUUUCGCAGACCUGGGGUCUCUCAGAGACGACUGGGUCCGCGACCAUCAUGCCAAUUGGCAUCAACGACGACACGGGCUCUGUGUCCCCACUGAUGCCCAACAUGCUCGCACGCAUGGUCGACGACGACGGCCGAGACGUCGAGCCUGGAAAGCCGGGCGAAGUGCUCAUCAAGGGCCCCGUGGUCUGCAAUGGAUACUACAAGAACGAGGCCGCGGACCGCGAGUCGUUCACCAACGGCCGAGAAUGGUUCCACACGGGCGACAUCGCAGAGUUUCGGAACGGCCUGCUCUACAUCGUUGACCGCAAGAAGGAAUUGAUUAAGUACAAGGGGCUGCAGGUCGCGCCGGCGGAGCUCGAAGCGCUGCUAUUGAGCCACGAGGAUAUACUCGACGCGGCUGUCAUUGGCGUGGAUACUGAUGAUGGUACGAAUGAGGUUCCGAGGGCUUAUGUAGUUGCCGACCAGAAAAAGAUAAGUGGCGAGGCGAUUCAGGAGUGGGUCAAGGGACGAGUGGCUAGCCACAAGCAAUUGCGGGGAGGCGUCGUGUUUUUGGAUGCGAUCCCGAAGAGCCCUAGUGGGAAGAUCUUGAGGAAGGACCUCAGGGUCUUGGCUAAGAGGGGGCAAGGCGCGAAGCUGUAGAACGACACGGUGCCUUUGUAUAGCGAGUCGUGCAGUUGUCCGAAUUAUAUCACGUGCGAAGCA